AUGAACGGUCCACCAGCUGUCAAUGGCCAUCCGCUCGCAUCGGGUCCUCUCGCCACACAGUCCUUCCCCAACCCUCCCCCGUCCCCUGUCAUAUUCACCCCGGGCCAAGUCAACGCUCUCCGCGCUCAGAUCCAUGCCUUCAAGCUCCUCCAGCGCGGUAUGCCUGUCCCAGAACAAAUCCAACAGAUCAUCGCCUCUCCAAACCAGCCCAUGCCCGAACUCGACAAGAUCCUCGCUUCCCAGGACGUCGCUACUCGGGUCGUCGACAACACCGUCAAAGUCCACAAGGGCCCCGGUGAGCUCCCGAUGCCACAUAUUCCUCCAACGUCCACUCCCAUCCAGAGCCGCAACGACGUCAAGAUGGAGGAUACCGCCCAGGCAGAGGACUUGGCUUCCGACGCCCUUGUCGUGGAAGACGCUACCUCGGGCGUCUUCCCGUACAACGCCUACGUCCAUCCUUUCACCUACCUCAAGCGCCUCCCAGAUACCACUCCCUCAGAAUACGCCACCCGUCUCCAACGCAUGCUCAUCCCAUCCGUCAUGCCCGGUGGCCUUGACCCUCACCAGAUCAUAGCCGAGCGCAACCGUUUCCUCGAAGCCCGCAUCCAGCACCGUAUCGACGAACUCGAAGCCAUGCCCGCGACCAUGGGCGACGGUGACCUCGAGCCCAUCGUCGACGACGCUCCCUCCGAGAACAAGGGCAAGGAGAAGGCGGAGCCCGAACCCGAGAAAUCCCUUAAGGUCCUCAACUUGCAAUACGUCCAUCCUCCGGCGACAGCCCAUGGCAAGCUGCGAGCCAUGAUCGAGCUCAAAUCGCUCCGUGUACUCGACAAACAACGCGCGCUUCGUGCGUCCGUGGCCGAACGUCUCACCCAUGGCUCUCUCCUCCCUCUUAACCGUCCUGAUUUCCGUCGUACGCGUAAGCCGACUCUUCGAGACGCUCAUACGACGGAACAGCUCGAGAGGAAACAACGCGUCGAUCGUGAACGUCGCGCGAAGCAGAAACAUGUCGAGCAGCUCAAUGUUAUCACCAACCACGGCCAGGAGCUCCUCAGAGCCAAUCGGUUGGCCCAGGACCGCGUCUUGAAGCUGAACAAGGCCGUGCAGAGCUUCCACACCCAGACCGAGCGCGAGGAGCAGAAGCGUAUCGAGCGUAUCUCGAAGGAACGUCUCAAGGCUCUCAAGGCUGACGAUGAAGAGGCCUACAUGAAGCUCAUCGACACUGCGAAGGACACACGGAUCACUCAUUUGUUGAAGCAGACGGAUUCGUAUCUCGAUUCGCUCGCUCAGGCCGUCGUGGCCCAGCAAACUUCGCAUCCUCAGCCUGGUACUAAUAUCAUCUAUGAGGAGGAAGAGGGCCCGACGGACGAGAGGACGUUCGGUGGGACGGUGGCUCCGGACGAUAUACAUGAUGAUAAGGGCAAGGUCGAUUAUUACGCGGUUGCGCAUAGGAUCAAGGAGAAGGUCACGAAGCAGCCGGGGAUCCUCGUCGGUGGGACGCUCAAGGAGUAUCAGAUCAAGGGUCUCCAAUGGAUGGUCAGCUUGUACAAUAACAGGCUUAACGGAAUCUUAGCCGACGAGAUGGGUCUCGGAAAGACGAUCCAAACGAUCUCGCUGAUCACUUUCCUCCUCGAGACCAAGAGGCUCCGUGGCCCGUUCUUGGUCAUUGUUCCUCUCUCGACUAUGACGAAUUGGUCCGGAGAGUUCGCCAAGUGGGCACCGUCGGUGAAGGUCGUCGCCUAUAAAGGCAAUCCGGCCCAGCGUCGGGCUCUCCAAGGCGACCUUAGGGUCGGCCAGUUCCAGGUCCUGCUCACGACGUACGAGUAUAUCAUCAAGGACAGGCCCGUACUCAGUAAGAUGAAAUGGCAGCACAUGAUCAUCGACGAGGGUCAUCGUAUGAAGAACACCCGGUCGAAGCUUGCCCUGACCCUCACGACGUAUUACCACUCCCCUUACCGCCUCAUCCUCACCGGAACGCCCCUGCAGAACAACCUCCCCGAACUCUGGGCCCUGCUCAAUUUCGCGCUCCCGAAGAUCUUCAACUCCGUGAAAUCGUUCGACGAGUGGUUCAACACGCCGUUCGCGAACUCGGGCACGCCGGACAAGAUCGAGCUGAACGAGGAGGAGGCGUUGCUGAUCAUUAGGCGGUUGCAUAAGGUGCUCAGGCCGUUCUUGUUGAGGAGGCUGAAGAAGGACGUGGAGAGGGAGUUGCCGGAUAAGGUGGAGAAGGUGGUGAAGGUCAGGAUGAGCGCGUUGCAGAGUCAGCUGUAUAAGCAGAUGAAGAAGUAUAAGAUGAUCGCGAGUGGGUUGGAUAACAAGCAGGGGUAUGGCGGCGUGAAAGGUCUGAGCAACGAGCUCAUGCAGUUGCGCAAGAUCUGCCAGCAUCCGUUCUUGUUCGAAAGCGUGGAAGACAAACUCAAUCCUUCGGGUCUCAUCGACGACAAGCUUAUCCGCUCAUCGGGAAAGAUCGAGCUCUUGAACCGUAUCCUGCCCAAGUUCUUCGACCAGGGUCACAGGGUCCUCAUCUUCUUCCAAAUGACGAGAGUGAUGGACAUCAUGGAGGACUUCCUCAAGAUGCAGAACUGGAAGUACCUCCGUCUGGACGGUGGAACGAAGACGGAGGAACGUGCCGCACACGUCACGGCUUUCAACACCAAGGACUCGGAGAUCAUGGUCUUCAUCCUGUCCACUCGUGCAGGUGGUUUGGGUCUGAACUUGCAGACGGCUGAUACGGUCAUCAUCUUCGACUCGGAUUGGAAUCCGCAUGCGGACUUGCAGGCGCAGGAUCGUGCGCAUCGUAUCGGACAGACGAAGGCUGUUAGGAUCUUGCGGUUCAUCACGGAGAAGAGCGUCGAGGAGGCGAUGUACUCUCGUGCACGGUAUAAGCUCGAUAUUGACGACAAGGUCAUUCAAGCCGGUCGAUUCGAUAACAAGUCUACGCAGGAGGAGCAGGAGGAGUUCUUGCGUUCGAUUCUCGAAGCGGAUCAAGAAGAAGAGACGGAAGAAGGCGGAGACAUGAACGACGACGAGAUCAACAUGCUCAUCGCGCGCUCGGAGGAAGAAGAGCGCCGGUUCGGACAGAUGGACAUCGAGCGCGAGCGGGAGACGGCGUCGAGGUGGAAGGCGGCGGGCAACCGUGGGAAACCGCCGUUGCCGCUCAUGCAGCUCGAGGAGCUUCCGGACUGUUAUCGGACGGACGAGCCGUUCGAGAAUAAGGACGAGUUGGAGGAGGUGGAGGGGAGGGGACAGAGGAAGAGGAAUGUGGUGAAUUAUAAUGAUGGGUUGAGCGAUGAUCAGUGGGCUAUGGCUCUCGAGGAGGGAGAGGAUGUGUACGAGCUUGCGGAACGUGCUCGGGAGAAGAAAGACCGUAGGACAGCUAAGCUGCGUGAGUCGGAGUCUGGCGUCGCCACACCGUCCUCGGAAGGUCGUGGUCGGGGCCGGAAGGGUAAAGCCAAGGCUACCGAGCAGGACUUUGAUACCCCUACGAACGGCAAGAGGAAGCGUAACCAGAUCAAGCAGAUGUCGGUCACGCCUUCUGUGCCGGACGAUGAAGAGGAGAAGCGGGAUUCCAAACGGAGAAAGAAGGGUGCCGAUGUGAAGUUGUCCCCGGCCGUAAAGGAGAAGCUGAAGAAGGCGAUGAACGACUGUUAUAAGGCGAUUGUCAACAUCACUGACGAGACCGGUCGAAAACGGUGUGAAAUGUUCAAGGAGCUUCCUGACAAGAGCGAAUAUCCCGACUACUACCAAUUCAUCCGCCAACCGGUCGCUCUGUCCAACAUCCGCAAACGGAUCAACGCUGGGACGUACAAAACCGUGACCGCUUUCCGGGAUGAAGUCCGGCUCAUGUUCGACAACGCGAUGUCGUACAACCUCGAGGGCUCCUGGGUGUACAUCGACGCGCAGGAGAUGAAGACCGUGUUCGAGAACGUAUAUGUGAAGGUCACGGCGGGCUCGGGGUUGCCAGGUGCGGAUCCGGCUCCGGCAGCGGCGGCGGAGGGGAGUGGGAGUAUGGACGAGGCGUUGACGCCCAUGGACGAGGAUAUGCAUGAGAGGCCACCGCCGAAGAAGAAGGGGAGGAAUCAGGUCGUGGUGAGCGAUGAUGAGUAUUUGACUCCGAGCGAGUAG